CUUUCAUUGUCCUUUUCUGUUUUCUUCACCCGGCGCCGGCCAUUGCUUACAACUCUGAGAAAUUUUGAAAAAAUAUAUUCGUUGUUCUUAAUUUAAAGUAUCCCUUUUUCAACACAAAUAAAGCCAUGGAGGAUGAAUGGGAUGAUUCUGGAGCCGUGGUGGCGAUCCCUCCUCCAGCCAGUACCAAUAGUUACAACAACUAUGGUUCCAAUGAUGUAGAUGAAGGUCACAGCUUAUCUAAGGGAAGAGGGUUUACAUCCUUCCAAAAUGAAGAAGAUAAUGACUUCAAAUCAAACGGCUUCGGCGACCGGCGCGGGCGGGGCGGGCGCGGGGGCCGGGGCGGCGGGCGCGGGGGCCGGGGCGCGCGCGGGGGCGGGGGCUGGGAGGCCCGCGACCGCGACAAUGAAGAGAAUGGUGGCGACGACUACAACGACGGCGACCGCGAUCGCGGCGAACGCGGGCGGGGUCGCGGGCGCGGGCGCGGCGGGCGCGGGCGCGGCGGGUUCGGCGAGCGCGGCGAGCGCGACGCGGACGGCGGCGAGCAGGAGCCGGAGCUGGACGAGAACGGCGAGCCCAAGAAGCCGCCCGUCACCUACGUGCCGCCCGAGCCCACCGACAACGAGGACGAGCUCUUCGGCAGCGGCAUCAGCUCCGGGAUCAACUUCGAUAACUUUGACAACAUCGCCGUCAAAGUAAGUGGUGAAAAUCCACCAAGAAAUAUUGACAGUUUUGAAACUGCCAACUUCAGAAAGUAUGUUUUGGACAACAUUCUCAAAUCUGGCUACAAAAAACCUACGCCCAUUCAGAAGCACGCCAUUCCUAUCAUUAUGGGUGGCCGAGAUUUGAUGGGAUGCGCCCAGACCGGAUCUGGAAAAACAGCUGCCUUCCUUCUUCCAAUUAUAAAUACACUUCUUCAAGACACCCGUGAGUUGGUGAUUGGACCGGGCGGCUGUGCAGAACCACAGGUUGUGAUUAUGUCACCUACCCGUGAAUUGACAUUACAAAUCUUUAAUGAGGCUAGAAAGUUUGCACAUGGGUCAGUCCUCAAAAUAGCCGUCGCUUAUGGAGGAGUCGCUGUGAGGCAUCAAGGAGACAAUAUUUCUAGAGGAUGUCACAUCCUCGUCGCAACACCUGGUCGUCUGCAUGAUUUCGUUGACCGCAACCGCGUGGCGUUUGGCAGCAUCCGGUUCAUCGUGCUAGACGAGGCCGACCGCAUGCUGGAUAUGGGCUUCAUGCCCAGCGUCGAGAAAAUGAUGGAACACUCCACCAUGGUUCCUAUGGACCAACGUCAAACACUUAUGUUCUCCGCAACCUUCCCAGAGGACAUCCAAAACUUGGCUAUGAAGUUCUUAAACAACUACUUAUUUGUAGCCGUGGGUAUCGUUGGUGGUGCGAGCGCAGACGUUGAACAAAUAUUCCACCAGGUCACGAAGUAUGAAAAGCAGACCACUUUAAAGAAACUUAUUGAAGAUAACGACAAGAAGCGCAUCCUAGUGUUCGUGGAGACGAAGCGCAACGCGGACUUCAUAGCGUCGUUGCUGUCGGAGCAGCAGAUGCUGACUUCGUCCAUCCACGGCGACCGCAUGCAGCGCGAGCGCGAGCUGGCGCUGCAGAACUUCAAGAGCGGCGCGCACUACAUCCUCGUCGCCACCGCCGUCGCUGCUCGCGGCUUAGAUAUCAAAAAUGUCGACAUCGUCGUUAAUUAUGAUCUGCCGAAGAGCAUAGACGAGUACGUCCACAGAAUCGGACGCACAGGCCGCGUCGGAAACCGCGGCAAAGCUGUUUCCUUCUUUGAUGCAGACCAAGACGCAGCAUUAGUCGCGGACUUGGCUAAAAUACUACGGCAGGCCGACCAGCCUAUUCCGGACUUCCUGCAAGGCGGAGGCACCGCCACAUAUCGGGGCAACAAAUAUGGUGGCAGCGACGUCCGAAACUUCAACAACGCUGGUGCUGCUGUAUCGCAAGGCGAAGAGCCCGAGGAGGAGUGGUAAACACGAGUUAAAAGUGGGAGAUAUAAAAAAAGUUCAAGACUUCUUGAAAUUUGCCCAUGUGAUGGAACAAGUGAAUUAUUUGAUUUUAUGGUGCUGGUGACGCUGUGAAAGUUUUAAGUGACGACAAGUACAUAAUUAUAUAUAACUACAUCAAAAAUACGCCUAUUAGGAGUUCGUUGUACUUAUGUAAGAACAUUUCGCCUAUAGAUUUAUACUGUCAUGACUACAAGACUGCGACUAAUAUUGACAAGUAUUUUAAAUAUAAGCAUCUAAUUUUAAGUACUAAUAACUCCUUCAUCAAUAGAACAUACUUAAAACAGUUCCAUUAUUCACAUUUGUAAUAUCACAUGGAUCACUAUUUUGUUGUGUUUUAGUGUUAAGGUUUCAUUAUUUAGUAGUAUUUCAUAAUUAUAAUUAGGUCUGCAUAGAGUUUUUUGUUCUUUUUGUUUUCUUCCAUAACAGCAUAACCAAUUAGUUAUUUUAUCCCCAGCAAUUCUGUGAUGUUAUUAUUAAAGUUGCUCAGUUUAAAUUUUAAUAUUAGUUACAUUAGUGCAUAGAUUUAUCCUUAUUAUGUAAAGUACAAUGAACGUGAGUUGUAUAAGUGUCCGUAGAGCAUGAUACUUAGUACUGUGCAUUAGACCAUUAUAUGUCACGUAUCCAUGCUUCAACGUUUUUCAAUACUCAAGUAUGUGCAGCAACCUUAUAAGAUAUUUAUUGACACAUCCACAUUUUAUCUCAUCCGUGAGAUAGGAGUAUUGCAGCCCUCACUUUUAAUAAGUAUAUUCAUAAUAAAAUAGACUAUUAGAGAGAGAUCAAUUUAAGAUGGCAGGUAUUUUAAUAGCCCCGUGUAUGUUAUUUUUAACGGAAUAAAUUAUAAGUUCAAAAUGACACUUGCACCUAUCAUCUAUCAAAAUCGCUGCCACUCUUAGCGUGGUGAACUCUGGCAAUCUCACAGGUGAGAUAAUGGGCUGCUAUGCUAUCAAAUAGCAGGCUACUAUUUGAAUUAUUUGCUUGUUGAGUUUAACUCGAGAAAAUGCCUGUGUCAAAAAGUAAUACUAGAAUCUCCCCAUGUACAAAUACCGUCGAUGUUAAAAUCAAUGUCAAGUAAAUGUUUAAGGUGUUUAUAAUCUGUGAUGAUUAAAAAUAAGUGUAAGGUUUCGAGGACCGUCAUCGGCCAUGGUUUGUAACAGUUCAAAUAGCUAUAUUAUUAUAUAAGUCAGACUUGCCAAUAAGGCAAUUAUAUUACGAAUUUACAUAACUUCAGUUAUCUUGAUUUUCUUGGGAAUUCCAAAUUUAUAGAAAAUAUUGUAUGUCUUUGAUUUAAUUUGUUAUAUUUGUACUUGUUUGUUAAGUACCACUGUUUUUGUUCAAAGUGAGAAAUAAAUAUCUCUUACGAUUAA